UUCAUUUGGAUUGGAAGGCCCAACAUAUCUCAUUUGGAUUGGACAACAAGUCCUACCAACUUCCACAUUUAUCCUCAGCCAGGCCGAUAGCAGGAGCCAUCCAUCCACCCCGAUUCAAAUUUGAACCGUAAUCAGGACCCUUUAUAACGGCAGAUGAUGUUGACGGCUAGGUUUGCAAAUUUUCUGCUAACAUAACGACAUGUCUGGUUUCCUCUUACUCUUGCUUCACUAGCUGUCUGAAAUCUCCAGUUGUUCAUCUGGGUAAGAUUUAAAUUCCCGAGUGGUUCACCACACAAAUAGCUAGAACAAAUACUGAACAUUUUCCUACUGCUUUAACUUCUCUGGGUGACCGAGUUGUUUGUCAAUCUUCCCCAACUUCUCUCCAUUAUCCAUUUCCAUAUGGUUGGUUAUACAAAUUUCCUUAUGUUGUUAUUGAGCUUUGUAAUCUCAAAAUUUAUUCACUAGUUCAGAAUUUACCAGUCGCCAAUUUGAAUUAUCAUCUGUUAAUUCGAAUACCCUGAUACCCUUGACGUAUCUUCUUCAGUACAUGUAUUAUAGUUUUGUUUGCAGUUACAAAUUGAGGGAUUGCCUCAGUUCAGUUUUCCCAAAAUAACUCAUGAUAUAUGUUUCUGCAUUUUGAUAUUUCAAGUUGGUCAUGGGCAUCUAUGCUUGUAACAUGCUCAUUUAUCCCCACUCAACUUUCCCAUUAAUCAAUGAUGUUAGGAGGACCUUUUAUUUUCCAUUGGGAAACUCUGUUUUGCAAACCCCACCAAAUUUUAGAUUUCGCAAAAUCGAUUGCCAAUGUGUUGCUCCCAAUGUGGAAGAGAUGGAAAAAACAGAAAUCGAAGUGGAGAAACCAAGGUUUAAGUGGGUAGAGAUAGGACCUAACAUCACAGAAGCACAAAAAAAGGCUGUUGCUCAACUCCCUCCCAAGAUGACCAAUCGAUGCAAGGCCUUCAUGAGGCAGAUAAUCUGCUUCUCUCCUCAGAAAGGCAGUUUGUCUGAUUUGUUGGCGGCUUGGGUGAGGAUUAUGAAGCCCAGGAGAGCUGACUGGCUUGCAAUUCUUAAAGAAUUGAGGACAAUGGAUCAUCCACUUUAUCUUGAGGUGGCGGAACUUGCCCUCCUAGAGAUAUCUUUUGAAGCCAAUGUUCGUGACUACACUAAAAUAAUCCAUGGGUAUGGGAAGCAAAACCGACUUCAAGAGGCUGAAAAGACCCUCUUAGCCAUGAAGAGUAAAGGUUUCAUCUGCGAUCAGGUAAUUCUAACUGCCAUGAUUCACAUGUACAGCAAAGCUGGCAAUCUUGAGCUGGCUGAAGAAACUUUUGAAGAACUCAAGCUGCUUGGGCAACCUUUGGAUAAAAGAUCCUAUGGCUCAAUGAUCAUGGCCUACAUCCGAGCUGGAGUGCCCCUGCAAGGAGAAAUUUUACUUAGAGAAAUGGAUGCCCAAGAAAUAUAUGCGGGAAGUGAAGUUUACAAGGCAUUGUUAAGAGCAUAUUCCAUGACUGGUGAUUCUAGAGGAGCUCAAAGAGUGUUUGAUGCACUUCAGUGUGGUGGUAUACCUCCUGAUGUUAAGAUGUGUGGGCUCCUUAUAAACGCAUAUGGAAUGGCAGGCCAAAGUCAAAAGGCAGCUAUUGCAUUUGAAAAUAUGAGAGGGGCUGGUCUUGAACCAAGUGAUAAAUGUGUAGCUUUGAUGUUGGCUGCAUAUGAAAAGGAGAACAAGCUUAACAAGGCAUUGGAAUUUCUAGUGAAUUUAGAAAGAGAUGGAAUUAUGCUUGGGAAAGAAGCUUCAGAAACACUGGCUAGGUGGUUUCAGAGAUUAGGGGUAGUAGAAGAAGUGGAGCUUGUCUUGAGAGAAUAUGCUGUAGGUGAAGCCAAUUUCAAAGUUCCCUCUUCCUAGGUUCCAGUCUUUCUUGCCAUAUUAUUGGUCUCAUGUACAUGUGCUUCUUUCAGUUGCCAAGAAAGUUGAAGUGGGAGAUGCUGACAUUGCACUGGACUGACUCUGGCAGAAGAAGAAAGCUGAAGUCCGACAACAGGAGGGCAAGAGAGAGAAACUAGUUAAUUUUUGUUUUUGAAAUUCUGUUCAAGGGAGCUGAUAGACUCAGAUCAAGAACAAUGCAGGCUUCAAAAAGGAAUUACCGGGCCCCAAGGAUGGGCUUGGUAUCAAUGUCGCUGCUGAAACAUUCACUUUUCUUGAGCUUGUGGCUGCAACAAAGAAUUUCAGGCCAGAGUCUUUCUUAGGGGAAAGGGAUUUGGACCUGUAUAUAAGGGCCGACUUGAGAGCACUGGUCAGUACCAAUGACUGCUCCUGCUCCUGUUCCUGUGCCAGGACCUAGCAGUUAUGUACCCGUUCAGGUCUUCACAACUGCAGCUUAUGAUGACCACAAAAAACGUUGUAUUGUUGGCUUUUGAAAUAAUUGAGAAGAUAGUGCGAGACUGCUUCCCAUACAUUACUGGAGACUGAAACCACCACGUUUACAGAUUGUGUAAAUUGCCUGAUUGCGUUCACCAAUAACAGAUUCAACGGAGACAUUACCCUCAAUGCCAUCGGUUUUGAGGAAAGUAAAACUGUAACGGGUCGGUAAGGAGCAGUACACGUGGCGCCUAUUGCUUGGUGGAGUGGAUUACGUUUAUCAGCUGAAAUCCAGUUAGGAAGUUACACACGUGCAGUAGUUAAAUCUGUUUCUAGUUGUAAUGCCGUUUCACAUUUCUUGCUUACGUUUCGUUACUUGUAUAAAUAGUCGUAGGUUGGUUGAUGGAAGAUAGCUUGGAUCAUUGUUGUUUUUUGAACAAAGGAGAUUUGCACUCUCGAAUGUGCUAGGAGAUUGGCCCUCUUGAAUGUGGCUAAAUCAAUACAAGUUCUCGAAGUUUCAUUCUUUUC